CUUCACCUGACAAACCUUCUCAUUCAUAUCCAGCUCCUCCAAGAGACAGACUCAACCAUGGCUAACUGUGGACCUUCCUGCGCCGUCCCAUCUUGUGCUUCCACCCCAGUCGUUGGUUUUGGACCAGGCGGCUGUGGUUUUGGCGGUGGCCUUGGCCUUGGCGGUGGAUUGGGCGGUGGAUUCGGCUAUGGUUCUGGCUAUGGCUCCGGUGCCCUGGUUGGAUCCGGCAUCCCUUCUGCCAGUCUUGGUAUUCUUUCUGGAGUCCAGCCUUCAUGCGUCAACCAGAUCCCACCAGCAGAGGUCGUCAUCCAGCCUCCGGCCGCCAUCGUGACCGUCCCAGGACCCAUCCUCUCUGCCAGCUGUGAGCCCGUGGCUGUGGGAGGAUAUGCUCCAUGCUCCCGUGGUUAUGGAUCCGGAUUUGGCGGCGGAUUUGGCGGCGGAUUUGGCAGAGGUCUCUAUGGUGGUGCAGGUCUUCUGGGGUCUAGCUCUGGUGCUUUGGGGGGCCGUGGCCGUUAUGGGUAUGUGGGGCGUAGAGGCAGCAUCUGCUAUACCCCCUGCUAAGCUCUCACGGUCUGUCAACAAGGAGGAAAGAAAAAGAGAUGUGUGGUGGACUAUUUCGGU